CCAAGAUAAGGUGAUAAGACCUUUUAGGAAUUCUAGUUCAUUUCAUAACGGAGACGAGUUUGUGAGCGAAGAGGUGUCUUGGAGGAAGAGCCAAGAAAAUCGGUUUGAGUGACGUUGACCUCCUCUUGACCCAAUGGACGUGACCUACGCCCUCCUCUGCCUCGCUACGGUGACCUCGCUUCUGUCUCCGGCGAGAGGUCACGGGCGGGCGGCCAGUGACCUCGAUUAUGGCGUUGACCUGAUCAAUGACCUCUUGACGAACGAUCCCGAAACUCUCUGCAAGUACGUGCAAUGUGUCAAUCCUGUUGAUGAAGAAGCGUGUCCGGAAGGCACUUUCUUCAUGGCUGGAAUCGCGCAGUUCGGUUGCUGUGGCGCCUGUGUUCAGUUCAGAGGCUUGGGUGACCCGUGCACGGGCAGCAUCCACCCAGAAUACUGCGGCGGGUAUGGCCUCUACGGCCAGGACGGCGACUGCUCAGAUCCCUGGAGAAAACUCCGUAAUCUCAGGAAUUCCAUUGAGGAGAACCUCUACAUGCAGGACAAUGUUGUCAGGUCUUCGUGGUGCGGAUACAACAUAGCCUGUGGAAGGGGACGCAAGUGCGAGAUAGAUUCGACGGCCAAGGGUUGCGUCUAUAUACAGAGGAAAUACGAUGAGGCGAGACAACCCGGUUCAGAACUCUACUUGGACUACAGAGACGAUUACCGCUGGAGGCCGACGUGCUCCAAUGAAGGAUUCUUCACCGAGAAGCAGUGCAAGGGCCCCCCCGGGGAACAGAGAUGUGUUUGCGUGGACCCCGACGGGAACAGGCUCUACGGCGACGCAUAUCCCUACCAAGAAGAACUAUACGACAGCAUGAACUGUAAAUGCUCGCGCAGGGUAUGGGAGUUGCAACAGGCUGGCGAGAAAUCGGUCACUCUGCACUGUGCAGCGAACGGGAAUUACGAGCGGUUGCAAUGUGAAGACGGCUGGUGCUAUUGCAUCGACCCUGAAUCUGCCACGCCCUACGGAUCCAGACUUCCAGAGGGCGCGAUGGACCGUUUGGAUUGUUACAACAAGACGCUGGUUGGAUCGCAGUACCUGAGGCGAUGUGAGAGCGAAUACCACGCCCACAUGGAACUGUAUGAACUGAUGGCGUUCAAGGGCGUCCAGGGGCCCUCGACGCUUCUGAACUGUGAUGCAGACGGGUCCUAUGCAGGGAUGCAGUGCACCAUAGGCAGCUGCAGAUGCUACGAUAAGGCCAUGAACAUCAUCAUCUCAGGUCUGGCCGGAUCAGGAUGCCAGUGCGCCCGAGAUAAGUGGAUGAGCCAACAGUUGAACAUCAACAUCGAGAUCUCUUGCGACGUGGAUUCCGGCAGUUACAAGAGCGUUCAAACCCGCGCCGAAUAUGCCUUUUGCGUCGACAGCGAUGGGGUUCGAGCCGGGCCUUUGGUAUACCAGUCAGCUGCCGGCAACUUGGGAUGCGGAGCAGCAUUGUCGUGCCAAAAUGGAGGCGACUACAAAAAUUGCGAGAAUGCAUGUCAGGGCUGCUCCAGAGACGACUAUGUAAAGUAAAUGUCAAGGGAAGGAUUCGGCCCUUAUCAUUUUCUUCGGUGGGUGAACAAAAAAAACAAAAAAAUGAAAUCCAACAUCUGACAUAAAAGGGGGGAAAAUACCUUGUAGGAGCUGGUUUAACAUUUUUUUUUAAUUCACGUGAUCAAAAUAAAGACCGUUAGGUGUGUGUGGUAUUGAACAUGGCUCUGUGUGAAGGAAAGCGCCUUUAUGAGAGAGUUUUCUUACCUUUAUAAUUAACUGUUUAAAUGACUUUCAAGUAUUUUACUUGUGAUAGUAGGUGAUAGAAGGGAUAUUAAUGAUAUUAUGGGCAAACUUGAUUACAAUCUGAUUUUUAUGGAAUAUUAGGCCUAUCUAUAUAAGCCAAAACAUGGAUGGACUCCAUUAUUUUAGAGGUAAUUAAUUUUUAAUUAAUAUUGCUUAUUUACAAAGUUUAUCCCCAUUGGAGAUCCUACAUAAUAACUAUUAAGAUUUUAAUGUAAACUUAAUAGAACAUAUACGUUUAUUUUUUCUCAAUGUGAAAUAAACAUCAACACUAAAA